UAACGCAACAAAACACCACUUUCAGCUUUUCAGGUCUUUUGAAACGGAGUCUUUGGAGACCUGGAAUGCAAGUUUUUCUGUCUCUAAACCACACAAAAAGGUUUGGACUUUCUUCAUAGUGCAUAUUUGAGGUUUAUUUUUCGAUCCAUUCCGCCCACCUCUACUGGCUGGGGCCUCUUCUCAAGAUGGCGGCCUGGCAUUGGUGGAAAAAGGAGUGGGAUACAUUUUUAUGACAACCGGGUUUUUAAAGAAGAAACCGAGGUCAAAAAGUAGACUAAAAGGAAUCGUUCCACUAUGGUAAUUUGCGGAACCCCCAAGAAAAUCUAUGAAAAGAAAAGGACCGUCAAAGUCAGGAAUAAUAACGCUAAUUGGCUAGCUAACUAGCCGCUAACUAGCCACCAGUCAUACUGGCAGGGGUCACGCACGCCAUGGCUCCUCACCAGCUGGCUGUCACCCUCCAGUCGGCGCCCUCCAUGAUUUCCCAGAAAGUGCAGUUAACUUACCAGCUGUUCUUGCUGGAAAAUGCCCGGAAUAAACUUGAACAAGACCUUCGCAACUUCACCAUCAAGGCCUAUAAAGAUGUCCAAGGUUACCUGAAUUCAUCUUGUCCCAGGAACUUGUUCAGCGAUCUCUCAAAAGCUUUAGAUGUGAAAUGUCAAACAGUCGCAAAGCUUUCAGCUUCAUUAAAGGACCUCACAGCUGACCCGCAGGUUUGUCUUCUUCCUAAGGUUAAAAAUGGAGUCAGCGGAAAUCAGAUACAGCAGCUUGGCAUCAAAGAGAUUCAGAUUACAGAUGUUUUUAAGUUUGGGCCCAUGUUAAAGAACUCGCUGAUGGCGAGCUCAAUAGCAAAAGCAAUCCAGGUACUGGGAGCCACGGUGUCUCUUCAGCAGCUACAACGCUUCCUCACCUCGAAGCCUGCGGCAGGCUAUCAGGACAACAUGAUAUGCAGGCGUUCUUCAAGCCUCACCAGCACUGUUUUGACUUCAAGUUGUGAUUUUAAGGUUGAAGAAAAGCAGGUUGAUUUUGAGGAGAAGAGCCAAGUGGAUGCUGGGAUUUUUCCACCUGUCACUGAUGAGAGCCGUGACAGAAGUGCAGAGAGGCCUCAAAUACUUUUACCUCCCUUAAAAGCUGUUUUCCCCGAGCUCAGUAACCCAAAACCCAUGAACACCACACCACUAUUACACUGGGGAUGUGAAGAUGAUGUCAAGGUGCAACACCAAAAACAAACAUCCUCCCAGCUGCUGCACUUCCUCAGAGCAAAAGUUAAAAACAUGGGUUCACUGGAGGUCACGGCCAUGGAGUGGGCUAAACGUGCAUACAGUUCAGAUUUACAGCAGCCUGUGUCACCUACCAUUACACCACAAAAAGACCAGUUCAGUCACGUUGUCACCGAUCUGGUAGAAGUUCUUGCUCCAAAAACUUUGAAUGCAAAGUUUGAAACCCGAGCCCCAGUCUUCAGAGUGAAAAAAGCCGAGUCAAGUGGCUCUCUCAUCUAUAGUUGCGUGAUUGCAACACAAACUGAACUCUGGGAUAUUGGAGACAUCUUCGCAGAGGUAGUGGAGAGGGUCUCUGAUCCUGGUCCCUUGGGAAGUGAAGACUGCCAAAAUAUAACUACUCAGCCAGAGAUCGUGGGUGUGAAUAUCCACUGGAAACCCAAAAGUCCCAAGUGCGCAGAGCCUGAACGUGAUAACAGUUCUGAUGGUGCGAAAAUGGCAACAACCAACAGUUUAAAGAUUCCCGAUUUCCAAAUCCGAAGAUUUGAAGAGACUGAGGUUGUGGUGUCUCACAUUGUGAGUCCGAGCAACUUCUACAUCCAGCAGGCAGACUCCCAUGAGAAGCUACAGGCCUUUGCCACAGACUGGAAAGCCAGUAGUUCAAAUGCUGAGCAGAACUGCAUUCCAGAUAUUGGAACCGUAGUAAUGGGUUGGGUCGCCGAGCGAGAACAAUGGUGCAGGAGCCAGGUGAUAAAGAUAUGUGGCGUGAGCAGAGAUGGUGCUGGGACAGAGACAUCCAUCAAGGUGGAAGUGAAAAGGUUGGACUAUGGUGACACUGCCUGUCUGUCACUGUCAAAUAUAAAGGAGCUGACCCCUGAAAUGGCUACUAUACCACUUCAGGCUGUGCAGGUUUCACUGACUAAUGUGAUGCCUCUGAAUGGGAGAGAUUGGUCUGAGGAGGCAGUCGGCUGGUUCAAAGCUACUGUACACAACAGGACCCUCUAUGCUAGGCUGUACCCACAGGAAGGCAAAGUUACAGUCGAGCUGUUCAUGGAGAAGGGAAAGCUCGGAGCCAUGAGGAGGGGUGCUUCAUUGUCUUUGAGACUGGCCCAGAAUGGACACGCCAUCCACAGCAAACUUAAGAAGACCAGUCUCAUCAAAAGAAACAGUGUUCAGCUUAAAGCCCAGAAACAGGACUCUGACUGGGAGAAGUAUCUCAUAUCAUGCUACACUCAAAGGAAGUAGUUCAGGUGUGUGCGUGUGUGUGUGUGUGAGAGAGAGAGAGAAAGAAAGAAAUUAAAAGUAGAUUUAUAAAGGAUUAACUGGACUAGUACACAUUAAGUCAUGUUUUUCUUUUGUAUCUCGAGCUUUUAUUCUUUAUGUACAGGGAAAGCAUACAAAGCUAGUUUUGCUUGUUUUAUUUUGACUGUAUAAUUUAAAGAUAUUGGUUAACCUGUUCCAUUUUGCUGUGUUUAAGAACAGAACUGUAUUUCAAGUCCUGAUUAUUUUUAGCCACUAGACAGUGCCUGCUCAGUCUGAUUACCCGCUUUCUAUUAAGUUGUAUUCAUAUCUAUAUUAUUACCUUAUCUGCAUGGUACAACAGGUCUUUUUUGGUUUUGUUUUUUAAAUGUAUAAUUUUUCUUUGAUCACAGAAAAGCUUUGCUGACUUAAUAAUAUUGUUCUUAUGCAAUGGCAAACCUAUCAUUAUUUGUGCAGAUUUGCCUUUGAAAUAAAGAUGUGUUUGCUA